CGCUGCUCUAGCAGGAAAUACAAGUCCACGCACCCUCAUGGCACUGGCUGAGCUUGUACCUUGUGCGGAUGGACGGCACUUUGCACAACAGGCGCUGUUGCAUGCAAACACCAAAGCCGUUCGGACACUGAUACAUAUGGGAUGGGAUGCCAAUAUCCCUCUGUCAGUGUUAGUCCCAGAUAGAACCGCCGCGGCUGCGCUCAUAGCACUUGGGCGAAGUUUCGCCGAGGGUUAUCGUUGGGCCCAGGUCCAGGAGGCCCUGCACGAGCUGCUCAGCAGGGGUGCAGACGUUAGAGCUUCCGUGCCGACGACCGGCUCCACUGUGCUCCAUCAAUUCUUCCUCUAAUUUAAAUACGAGCCUUACUGGCACCGGGUCACUUAUAAUUAUGACGACCUUUUUCAGGCUUUAGUCUUCCUGAUGAAUGAGGGCGCGAAUCUCCGUGCAAUCGACCAUCAUGGACGUACACCGUCGCUGGCCGCUUGGAAGACCCCUCUCCCAACGAGACAAGCUCUCGUUCUGCUAUGGUACCGUGCGCUUCGGAUGUGUAAUCUCGACCCCGCCGAACUCGACGCGGACAGGUACGAUUCUCGCUUCGACAUUGUUCUCGGAGAGUGUUGUUUCUGUGCGCCGAAUGGUGGAUCGACUACGCCCACAGGCGACUAUGUGAUUUGCCCGUGGUGUUGCAUUACCGCCUACACCGGGCAGUUUGAGACCCGGAAUCACUGGCGUGGUUCCACAAACAGGGCCAAGUUGGGGCUACUCCUUUGCUGCCCAACAGCAGUCUGUCCGGUCCACAUCCAUCGCUAUCGAGCAGAGGUCGAGCGAGGCGGGCUUCUACUUCCGAAGGAGUCUGGAGGGAUUCUUUCCCGCGUGGAAAAGUGUGUGGAUUCUGCAUGCGAGGUGUGUUUCAGGCGUGUGUGGGUUCCGCGAUUCAAGCACUAUAAGCUAUCGCCGUGCUCGAAGGAAGAAGCGAAAGAAGCGGACGACGACAAGGGGGUCGAAAUUGAGGGAGGCGACGUGAGGAGAGAACGCGAUGAGGAGGACACGGACGAGGAGGGCGAGGAAUGGGUUAUCCACGGCCCCAUCUGUAGAUUGUCAUGGAAGAGGUAGUCCGCGGUGAUUUGUAUCACGGGUCUUUCCUCCACGCUUUAGGGGUUUCGACGACGGAGUACGGAGUACUGGCCCAGGUUCCUAAG